AUGGUUGGCCAUGGAAAACUUAUCCGAGGUGGCUUUCUCCGUCAGGCUCACUCUGGUAUCUUUCAACUACUUCCUAUGGGCCUUCGUGUUCAGGACAAGAUAGAGAAACUACUUGACAAGCAUAUGCAUUCAGUUGGGGCCUCACGGUUAUCUCUGUCAACCAUUUCUUCAGAAGAACUAUGGAGAAGGAGUGAUAGACUGGAUCGCGUUGCACCAGAGCUCUUUCGACUCGCCGAUCGCAAAGAGGUGCCUCUUAUUCUCUCUCCGACACAUGAGGAAGAAAUCACCACUCUCGUAGCCGGAACUCUCAAGUCAUAUAAAGACUUACCCAUCCGGCUGUACCAAAUUACCCGGAAGUAUCGAGAUGAGCGUCGCCCCCGCCACGGUUUACUGCGCUCCCGAGAGUUUCUCAUGAAGGAUCUGUACACCUUUGACCUAACAACAGCUGCUGCUAUUGAAACAUACCGCCUAGUAUCUGCGGCAUACCGUGCCUUCUUCUCAGAGCUCAAGCUACCGUAUCUUGUCGCCGAGGCCAGCUCGGGUGACAUGGGAGGUGAUCUUAGCCAUGAGUACCAUCUUCCCAGUGCUGUCGGCGAGGACACAGUUGUGAACUGCAACUCUUGCGGAUACACUGCCAACGAUGAGGUUGCGACGGCACGAGCGCCCUCUGCGAGCAAAGAUGCACUUGCGAUUCCGGCCUCUGAUAUUCGUGUCUGGCGGGGUAUCUCCCAGGACCGAAAGGUUCUUGUCAACGCUUGGUAUCCUCAGUCUUCCGAGGCAUUCUCGGAGAGCGGCCUGAACCUACAUGCGGUCAAGUCAGCGGUUAGCGAGCUUGACACCAGCAUCGAUGACCCUCUCCCAUUCUGGAGCGAGGCACUCGAAAGCGGGAAGCCGCAGGUUAUUAAUGUUGUCGAUGCCAGGCUCGCGCCAACGUUUGAAAGCCUUCGGGAACAACUCCCUCUAUUGCCCAAGACCCUCGAGUCUCAUGAGGUUGAGCAUUCCACGGUUGGUGGCACAGACUCGACUGAAGCUCUGAACCUGGGCCGUAUCACCGAUGGCGAUGGCUGCCCUCGAUGUGAGGAGGGGACUUUGAAGAUCCAUCGUGCCUUGGAGUGUGGCCAUACAUUUCACCUCGGGACUCGCUACUCGGUGCCACUCGACGCAUGCGUGUUUCUCCCGCAAUCAGAACUACCAAAGGUUGCCAAAGAAGAAGGUCUCAAACCGGGAAGCCGUGUGCCUGUUCAGAUGGGAUGUCAUGGCGUUGGAGUAUCAAGGAUCUUUGGCGCCGUAGCUGAGAUCCUCGCUGAUGAGCGAGGACUGAACUGGCCACGAGCCAUUGCCCCGUUCGAGGUGGCCGUCAUCCCAACACCCGGACUUGACAAGGAGUCGAUAGAGAUUUAUGACAAUCUCGUGGCCGGAAGCAGCUCACAGCCUGGCCUUGACGUUGUCCUCGAUGACAGGAAGCAGUCAUUUGGCUGGAAGAUGAACGAUGCUGACAUAGUUGGCUAUCCCGUCGUCGUGAUUCUUGGCAAAGCUUUCAAGCAGGGCCGCCUUUGCGAGGUCCAGUGUAGGCAACUCUCGGUCAAGGAGAAUGUCAAGCUUGAAGAGCUGCCUCGUUUCAUCUCGGGUUUGCUGGAUCAGCUAUAG